AUGCCAAACGCCCUCAUCAGCUGGUUCCGGCGCCGACGCGUCGCAAGGAGCAGCAAGAAGCAGCGAGGCGCCGUCUCGCUGGCCACGAGGCUGCUGAUAGAAGCUCCUCCGAUCCCGCCUCACCCAACGCUGCCCUCUCGGCGCAGAGGAACGCUCACGCCCGCCCCGUCCCGCGAGAGCCUCAUCGCCGCCUGCAAUGCCGCCACCGCAAACAGCUCCUUCUUCACCAAGCUGCCCGUCGAAAUCCGGCGCAAGAUCCUGGUGGAAGCCUUUGGCGGCCAGACGAUUCACAUGGACCUCAUCUAUGACCACCCGCCGCAGCCUCCAGAAGAGCAGACGGAAGAGAUGAUGAAGAAGAAUGGCCGAGCGCAUGGAAAUUUCAACGUCAACUUCAACGGCCAUCACACAUGCGAUAUGAGGAAUCUCAGGCUAGACGACUCGCUACCAAAGGAAUGGGCCUGGCGAAGCUCCGUCUGCCAUCGGAACGGACCAGCUCGUCGCCGUCCCGAAGACGAGGUCCAGCCCGGGGAGGAUUACUGUCGAUUCGGCCAGUCGCCGUGGCACGCGACCUGUCUUUGCUGGCCUGGCGAGUUCCCAACAAAGUGCCAAAUAGGAGCGAUGGGAUGGCUUUGCAGCUGUCGGCAAGCCUAUCUCGAGGGCAUCGAUGUCUUAUACUCCACAAACACAAUCCACACAGCCAGCAAGGAAAUGAUCCUCAGCCUCACCUCCAUCCUCCUCCCGCAGCGCCUCUCCAGCAUCACGUCAGUGGAGCUCCUGUGGGACUUUGCGCCGUUCCCCAGCACCCACCCCGAAGUCGUCAAGCCGCCGCUCUCAGACAUGGCCAGCUUCCACGCAUUCCUCGACGCCAUCCCGACCACGUUUCCCGCCCUCAGAAGGGCGCACAUCUCCCUCCAAGGACACAUAUACCCGACCAAGACGGUCAACGGCUCCACCCGCUGGGACAACAACAUCGACAGACUCGACGAGAUACUGCACCCCGUGGACGACUUCGUCUUGGGGCUCGAGCCGGACGUGCGACGGGGCUUUUCGCUCGGCAUCCCGAGCUCGCUGUAUAGGAGCCAGAGAGACAGGGCCCUUCAGAACAACGACCCGGUAGAGCAGGCUCACCGCGGUCAAUAUGAGCGGCACUGGAGGCCGCUCAAGGGCUCUGGCCACGGUGAAGGGUACUGGGUCUGGCUGGGCAAUAAAGACUUGAACAUGCCGAUCAUCUGCACGAUGGGAGAAGGCGGCUACAAGAGCAUUGUAGGCGAGGACAACUGGGUGUUAUACAGGUUCUAG